AAAUACUUUAGCAAUUUAUACUAUUGUAGACAUGUUUUUUAGAUAUAAAACCACAAUUCUUUUUUGCGUAGCCAGUGGCAGUGGAGAUGGUGCGGCUGGUGCCGGUGCUGUAGUUGCGUCAGUUGGACGAGGUUCAGCCCGCGGGAAAAGAAUCUUAUCCGCAGAUAUAAUUACAAAGCCGAGCCACGUAGAUAACAAAAAAGGUGUAUCUGGCAUUCGCAAAGUGCUCCAAGUGAAUUAUUUCAAAUUACUGAAGGAGACUGAUUGGGCCCUUUAUCAAUAUCACGUCGAUUUUGCGCCCGAAGAAGAUCACACAGGUGUGCGUAAAGCUUUACUCAGAGUGCAUCAAAAGACUCUCGGUGCAUAUAUCUUUGACGGCACUCUACUGUACACAAGUCACCGAAUGUCCGACCGAAUGGUAUUUACCUCAAUCAGACAAUCAAAUAACCAGCCUGUUACGAUUACCGUACGUCUUGUUGGUGAUAUGCUAGUAGGAGAUGCUCAUUAUAUCCAGUUCUUUAACAUAAUCAUGAGAAAAUGUUACGAGCAACUAAAUCUACAAUUAGUCGGUCGCAAUUAUUUCGAUCCUGCGAACAAGGUCGUCUUGCCGGAAUUUAAAUUGGAAUUGUGGCCAGGAUACGUAUCAUCUAUUCGUCAACAUGAACGAGAUAUCUUAAUGUGUGUCGAGAUAACGAGUAAAGUUAUGCGAUUGGAAACAAUGCUAGACAUCUUAAAUCAGUGUUGGAGGGUCGACGAACGCAGAUACAAAGAAAAUUUCGCUAAAGCUGUGAUCAAUACGGUAGUUCUUACUGAUUAUAACAACAAUACAUACCGUAUUGAAGACGUAGAUUUUUUGACUACUCCUAGCAACGAAUUUGAGUUUAAAGGCAAUAAAAUAACAUACGUAGAUUAUUAUAAAAAUAAAUACGAUAUCAGGAUUAGUAAUCUUAAACAGCCAAUGCUUGUGUCGAGAUCCAAAACGAGAGAUCGACAAGCUGCAGAGCCGGCCCAGAACCUCGUUUAUUUAGUGCCCGAAUUAUGUCGUGCAACAGGUUUAACCGACGAUAUGAGGGAAAAUUUCAGACUCAUGAAGGGUUUGGCUGAAGAGACGCGUGUCGAUCCUGGAAAGCGUAUGAAUAGAUUAAUCAGAUUUAAUAGAAGACUUCAUGAAGUACCUGCUAUUAGGCAAGAAUUAGCCCAAUGGAACCUGCAGCUAGAUAAUAAGCUGCUUGAUAUUCCCGCGCGCGAGCUAGCUGCUGAGAGACUCUUCUUCGGCGGAAAUAUAGUUGCCAAUGCCGAUAAUGGCGAUUGGACGAGAACUAUGCAAAAUAAGAAAUGCGUAAUUGCUCCAGCAUUACAUAAUUGGGUCUUCGUAGUUACGCAAAGAGAUGAGAAAGUAGCCAAGAAUUUCAUAUCUCUUGUAAUGAAAGUAGCAGCAGGAAUAUCAUUUGAUGUGAAAUUGCCGACAACAGAAAUUAUCCCCGAUGAUAGACCAGGCUCGUAUAGCGAAAAGCUGGAACAAAUUCUAAGCAAGCGGGUACCACAAAUGGUGUUUUGCGUGGUAUCGAACAAUCGCAGCGAUCGCUACUCGGCGAUCAAGAAGAAGUGCUGUGUGGACCGGCCUGUGCCAUCGCAGGUCUGCAUGUCGAGGACGAUGUCACAUAAAAAUGUCACGUCUAUCGCCACAAAAAUAGCGAUACAGAUGAACUGUAAAUUAGGCGGGGCACCGUGGUUCGUAGAAAUUCCGUUGGAAGGGAUGAUGAUGAUUGGAUUCGACGUUUGCCACGACACAGCAGUGAAGAACAAAGAUUUCGGUGCUACAGUGGCUACCCUGAAUAAACAGAUGACAAAGUACUUCAGCGCGGUAAGCGCGCACGAAACCGGCGAGGAACUGUCGAAUGAUCUCUCCGAUAACAUCUGCAAGGCCGCACAAAUGUACUACGCGCAGAACAAAUUUCUGCCGGCGUACAUUGUGAUUUAUCGCGACGGUGUCGGCGAGGGUCAGAUCGCGCAAGUGAUGGACCGUGAAGUUGGACAGAUAACGAAGAGGCUCGACGGGUUGUACGGCGGUCCGAACAAAUACAAGAUGGCUUUUAUAAUCGUGACGAAGCGGCUAAACACGCGAUUCUUUUACAACAACGAUAAUCCGGCCCCAGGCACGAUAGUUGACGACGUCAUUACAAGCCCGAUCAAGUACGAUUUCUUUAUCGUAUCGCAGAAGGUGCGACAGGGCACGGUAACGCCUACCUCGUACAAUGUCAUUUACGACACUCUCGGCUUAGACCCCGACAAGAUACAACGUAUGACGUACAAACUGACCCAUAUGUAUUACAAUUGUUCAAACACCGUUAGAGUACCGGCACCCUGCCACUAUGCUCACAAGCUGGCGUUCCUGGUGAGUAAGUUCAUUCAUCGGGCGCCGAACUCUCAACUACAAAACACGUUGUACUUUUUGUAAUCUCGCAUUUGGUAGUGUUAUACUAUUUCAUUCUUUUUUUUCAGUUUUGUACGUAUUAUCUCUUACUUUUACUUUUCUUUUAUUACAUUUAAGAUAGAUUACUUACAGGAGCGAAGUUUUAUUUUCACGAUGAUUUGAGAUCUCGAAGGGGUUGGAACUCUAAAAGAAAAAAACCAAGUGUAAUAGUACUUUUAUUACUCUUGAAAUAACGCUGCUAUGAAAUAAUACUUUAUGAUAAAAAAGUAAUUUUUUUUACAUUAACAUUAAUAUGAAACAUUAUUUAGAAAAGAAGUUAAAUAAGCACAAAACUGGAAUGUAAUUGGUAUCUAUCGACAGCUAUUUUAGCGCCCUGACUUCUCGGACAAUUUUUAAGUCUCCGCGUUGUAAUAUUGAAAUGAACUAUUAUAUAAGACUCAUUUAUUUUUCAUAUAAUAUCAUGAUUGAAUAUAAUAUUGAUAUUCAAUACGACUGCAGUAACUUGAGAUUACACAGGGUUCUAUCGCAUUAUCGAAUUAUCGAUAAUGAAUUUUCCGCGAUUUGAUGUGAUAUCAGUACUUAUUCCUAAGAGAGCCAUUCCAUGUUAUCUUUGUAUGUUGUAAUCAUUGAUUUCGGAAUCUUUUUCUUUCAUUUUUUGGACGCGAUGCUACGUUCAAGCAAAUGAAACUGAUCUAUUAUGUUAGUUACCAUAAUCCAAUAGUAGGAAUUUUAGUUUCACCUUUUGUAUACCAAAGUUACAUUUAUAAACCAUAUUUCUUUCGAUUUCAGACUUUAUAAAUGUAAAGAGAUGAUUUAUAAGAUAUACAUUUCUAUUGUUUUUUUUUUUUUUUUUUUUUUUAUGUGCAUAGUUUUAAUUGCAUUACGAGUAAGGAAUGUUUUUAACGGCACCGAUGAAAAAUAUUGUAACUGCACUUCUGAGUAUAGCUACAAUUUUGUCCACGGAAAAAAAUGAUGUAUCAACAGCAUCAGUGUUAUUGAGAUGAAAUUUAUUAAUGCAAUAUCAAUAUUGGUGAACAAAAAAUACCAGAUAAUUGUUUUAAUAAUUUAAACAUUUGGUCCAAUAAUAUCCAAUUAAGAAUUAUUUAUGCUAUUAUACUAUUUAUGCUUGUGGCAGCCCGUGACGUUGACAUUUAAUCAAGACACGGUAGUGUCUCACGCCAAGUACACGCGGAGCGAGACCGACCGUGACUCUUUUACGCGACGCGACGAUUUGCGAGUGUUGAAGCAACUUAUUUUUUUUCUGUGUUCAAAUUCAAUCAAAUUGCAGGAAUAAAGUGUCUAAAAGCAUUCAAAAGAAAGCAAACUUUUCCAUCCAUAUUUGAAUCUAUUUUUAAGACAAAAAGACAAGUUUUUUUUUUUUAAAGAAGUUGGUUGACAUUUUUUUAUCAGUGUCAACGAAUCCACUUCUAAAAUUAAUAGUUGCUUUCCAUUUACACUCAAGUGAUUUGAUACUACGUUUAUGCGAGCGUUACUUCUGCAGUAACUUAUGUGAGUAUUUUAUACUCAGGUAAGAUAAGUCAUUUUGUAUUUACCUGCUUAUUUUUGUGACAGAGCUAUCGCAUAACAAUACAGAUUCGUAGUAUCACUUUUAACGUGAAUCUAUUAGAUUCAUUAAAGCACACGGUCUCGAUUGAGGAUAAAAUCUUGCUUGCCAGCAUGCAAGAAGAACGUGCAUUGAACUGAGUUAUGACGUCACAAACGAGAAUUAUCUGAGUUUUGAAAUGAAAAGCAACUAUUCUUAAAAAAAUGAAAUAAAAUAGAAAAUGUGUUCAUUUCGAAAUCGAAUUAUUACAGCAGGAAAUAUCUUAUUUGUUUUAGUGAUUAAAUUAACUUUUCAUUCUAAUAUAAAAUUCCUCUAUUUUCGACAAUUAAUACUCCCAAAUUUUUUCGAAUUACGACAUUCUUCUAUUUUUCAAGAUU